UGGAGGGGCUGGAGAAAUACUCCCAUUCUUUGGAGGUCCAGAGGCGGGGCAUAAAAAGUAAUGGUCAUCUAUUUAGGGUCUGGUCAGGGAAUAUUUGUCGUCGGACUAUCGUAAAUCCUAAUGUUUUGCGCCCCUAAAUGCAUGCCGUGAUGUUGUAGCUCCGGAACAUUCGUUUUCGUUAAGCGCGAUCGUUUGAUUUCAGUCGCCUUUGGUUCGAAAAUGGUUAAUACGUUGCCUUAACUUGACACCACAAUUCAGGGUUAAGCAGGCUGCUAGCCACGCUAGCUACCAGGUCUCCAGCCAACAUUUGGAACCUUCGAAAGGGCGUUUUUUGACGGUUCUGUUGAGUCCAUCCCAUGCGGAGUUUUCUUCUACGCAGUCUUUCCUGGUCUUGGCUACAUUUACAACUCAAGAUGGACGGCAAAUACUUUGCAACAUAUUGACGACGAAUAUUAAAGGAUUUAGAGCAAGUUGGUCUUCAUGGGAAAAGUUGUACUCAGGAUUAACAAUUGGUACAAUUGGUGUAGAAGAAAGGUGUGAAAGUCUUACCCCCCAACCUACAGCGUAUGCCAAAAUCUCAGGGCGAGCCGUAGAUCGGGCAGAGAGACCACUGCGUCUGACCAGGCAGGCUCCCCUCCUCUCCUGCCCGUGUUUGCAGAGGCGACGUGUGCACUGCCUGCCACACGUGUUCACUUGUUGGGGAGGCUAAUGAAGUGUAACGUUAGCUUCGUCAGAGUGGACUUCACUUUUACGUCCCAUGGGUUGAUAGUGCCCCGACUGAACCCGUCACAGUGAUGGAGUCUACGGCUGUGAGCACCUCAACUCUGGCCCCUGAUGAGUUUGACAGGAACGCCCCUCGCAUCUGCGGGGUAUGUGGGGACAAGGCCACCGGCUUCCACUUCAACGCCAUGACUUGCGAGGGCUGCAAGGGCUUUUUCAGACGGAGCAUGAAGCGAAAAGCCAGCUUCACCUGCCCCUUCAAUGGCAGCUGCACCAUCACCAAGGACAACCGGCGCCACUGCCAGGCCUGCCGGCUCAAGCGCUGCGUGGACAUCGGCAUGAUGAAGGAGUUCAUCCUGACGGACGAGGAGGUGCAGAGGAAGAAGGACCUGAUCCAGCGGAGGAAGGACGAGGAGGCGCAGCGCGAGGCGCAGCGCGAGGCCCAGAAGCCCCGGCUGACGGAGGAGCAGAGCCAGGUCAUCGCCUCGCUGGUGGAGGCCCACCACAAGACCUACGACGACUCCUACUCCGACUUCAACCGCUUCCGGCCUCCGGUACGUGAGGGUCCAGUGACACGCAGCGCCAGUAGAGCCGCCUCUCUCCACUCUCUGUCCGACGCCUCCUCGGACUCUUUCAGUCACUCUCCAGAGUCGGUGGACACCAAGCUGAUGAACUUCAGUAACCUGCUGAUGAUGUACCAGGAGCAGGGCGGCGGGCCGGAGUCCAACGAGGAGGAAGGCUCGCGCCUCUCCAUGCUGCCCCACCUCGCCGACCUUGUCAGCUACAGCAUCCAGAAGGUCAUCGGCUUUGCCAAGAUGAUACCGGGCUUCAGAGAUUUGACGGCAGAUGACCAGAUCGCCCUCCUCAAGUCCAGCGCCAUCGAGGUGAUCAUGCUGCGCUCCAACCAGUCCUUCAACCUGGAGGACAUGUCCUGGAGCUGUGGAGGCCCUGACUUCAAGUACUGUGUCAACGACGUCACUAAAGCCGGCCACACGCUGGAGCUGCUGGAGCCACUGGUGAAGUUCCAGGUGGGCCUGAAGAACCUCAACCUUCACGAGGAGGAACACGUGCUGCUCAUGGCCAUCUGUCUGCUGUCCCCAGACCGCCCGGGGGUCCAGGACCACGCCCGCGUGGAGAACCUCCAGGACCGCCUGUCGGAGACCCUCCAGGCCUACAUCCGGCUGCACCACCCCGACGGGCGGCUCCUCUACGCCAAGAUGAUCCAGAAGCUGGCCGACCUGCGCAGCCUGAACGAGGAGCACUCCAAGCAGUACCGCUCGCUGUCCUUCCAGCCGGAGCACAGCAUGCAGCUCACCCCGCUGGUCCUGGAGGUGUUCGGCAGCGAGGUGUCCUAAACGCCAAGCCCCUCCCCCCCCCGCGCACGCGACGCCCCCCUUCCCCACGCCCCCCCCC